CACAAACCAAGAACUCUCACCGACGCAUACUUGGUCACUUCUCCUGAGCGGAUGCGUCACGCUACUCUAACAACGGCGCGGAUCACCGCCUUGCAGUCCUAACCACUUUAUCAUCUUCCAUGAGCGCCCGCACGCUGCUCACCCUCCUGACGCUGGCCGUCGCAAACACAGGCCUGGCUCAGUCAACGACCGGGGUUCCCGCGGCGCCUCAAGUCUCGGCGACCCAAGCGCCAACCAGGCCCAGCCGCCCCUUCGACCCCCGCAUGCCAAUCAUGCUCUGGCAUGAUGGCGGCCAGCUUCCAUUUAUACACCCCCUCACUUCAAAUUGGACAUAUCGAAACGGGCAAGAUCCGCAGCAGCCAUGGCGCCUCGCUCCGGGCGAUACGUGGGAGGUGCAGCAAGCCGCGGACAUGUUCGAGUUCGGCUGGCGCAACUCGCUCACACAGCUGCGCACGAGCGAACCCGGGCAGGCCGUGAGUAUCCUCACGACGUGUCCGAAGUUGCGUGUGCAAGGCGAGCUGCAAUCGCCCUCCUUCACUCAGGCGGACUGGACAAUCAUCUUGAACAACGAAGUGGUCCCCCCGGAAAACUAUGUGUUCAACAGUAGCAGCGCGUUCCUCGAGGUAUCUGCGCCGCGGAAUUCGGGUGUGUUCAACGUCACGAUCCAGCUCGGGCCGACAUUCAACGGCACGCUCGGCGUCAAAGGUGUCGUAUGCACGACCAUCACCGAGAGGCCAAGCGAGCCGUCCAUCCAGAUGCUGUUUGGGCAGACGGGCAACCGCCUCUCCUUCGUUAACGGCACCGGUCCCCAGCCUGAUUUCAACAUCGACGGCACCUUCGCCGUCGAAAAUUAUGUAAUGAAAAACAAUGAGACGGUCCCGGCUCUGGUGCUCAGAGGGCAAACGACGCUGAAGUACCAGCUCCCACCAUCGCUCAGCCACUUGCAACUCCGCGGCUUCGUCGGCCCAAAUUAUGGGCGCGCCAAGAUCGCGCUCAACCCACCCCCGCCUGUCGAGCUCCCAACGGAGAUAUCCGAGUUCUCAACGAGCAAAAGCUGGUUCAGCGUAUCUUCGUUCUUCAACGUGCCUCUGGACCCCACAGCCCAGUAUACACUAAGCGUGACCACGGACGAGGCUACUGCCGGAGACGGAGUGUUCCUCGACUCUCUGACCGUGCUGUUGCGAGUUGACGAGGAUGGACCUUUCGGGCCAGCGAUGUAUCAGGACCCGCAGCCGCGCCCAAAGCGCGUGAACGUCGGUGCCAUCGUCGGAGGGGCGGUCGGCGGUGUGGUCGGCGGACUCCUUAUCGGUGCUGCAGUAUGGUACUGCAUGCGGCGGCGGCAGCGCCCUCGCGCCAUUGCCCGUGAAAGCACGGGAUACUUUGAGGUCGACGAGGCGGGGGACGCGACGCCGAGCUCGACCUCAGCCCCCAGCCCAACGGACAGCGUGCCUUCGGAGACCCUCCCGCCCGGCGCGCGCGCGCCAAGCGAGCCGGCAUGGCAUGGGCCGCGCGUCAGCAUCCCGCCCUACCUCCGCCAGCCCACCCCACGCAUUGAGACGGCCGGGCCGGUGCCCGCUGUCAUGGCUACGGACGAGUCCCCGACCCAAUCGCCGACGCGCCCCAGUCCUACGGAUACGGUGGGUUCGGACCCCGCUAAGACGCCGCGCAGGCCGCGCCGCCCGCGCCCCGUCGCGCAGCGGCCCGUCGUGCAGGAGGAUGACGGGGGAACACUGCUUCCGGAGUUUGUACCGCCACGGUAUAACCCCGAGUGGGCGUUGCGAAGGGAGGGCCAGCAAGGGGAGCAGGGAGAGCGGGGGGAUCAGUAGGGAAGUGGGACUGUAUCACGACUGCCAUGAACAAUUUGACUGUG